ACUCCAGAAGAGAGGAAGGAUCCGAGUGCCAAAGGAGGGAGGGGGAAAAGUAUGUGGAACAACAUGGCGAACUUUUAAUAAACGGAGCUAGAAUCCGGGGAGCGGGGAGGCCGGCUGCAUUGGAGAAGCUUUUGUGCGGCUGGAUGGGGAUAUUCGCUGGUGUUGGGACCGGCCAGUGAGUCCCCAGCAGCAGCACCAUGGAAGCAGACAGCAAGAGAGAGAAGAGUUCCGUCUUUGAAGAAAGUUUAAUGCGCAGAAUUUCUGGCAGCAGCAGCGUGCACACGCUGAGCAAAGCAGCUUUCAUUGAGAAAGUCCGAGAAAGUAAUGCAGCAUGUCAGAGUGGAGAUUUCACCACUGGCGUCCAGCUCUACACAGAAGCUAUAGCAGCUGAUCCUCAGAACUGUAUCCUGUACAGCAACCGAUCAGCUGUUCUGGUGAAACUGAAUGAGUAUGAGAAGGCCCUGGACGAUGCAGUUAAAGCACGACUCCUGAACCCAAAGUGGUCAAAGAUUGAGAAGACCCAGAUCAGUCUUCUGGCAACAGUGCUUAUUGAGCCUUUGCCUGACUUGAUUACAAGUGAGGAGUGA